AUUCUUUGUGGAUCAUAUCUUCAUAAAGCUCUUCAAUUUUUUUUGCUGCGGAGUAUUCUAUCAGUCUAUGGAUAACCAAACUGAAGUAUCUACUGAUCCAGCUUUAACCUUCCUUUGCGCCAGGGGAUCUAUAGAUUUAGUGACGCAGUAUUUAUUUAUCCCAAAGUAAGAAGAACGAAAAUUGAAUCAUGCCGACGAGUUAUGGCGAUAAAUUUGGUAAGAAUUUGAUGUCUUUAUUCAUAUACGGUGUGGGUGGAGUUUGAAAAAGUAAUCGACGGGACGGCGGGGGUGAUUAAUUCCAUUUUAUUUUCGGUUAGCAUCUUCAGGGUUAUGGUCACCGCAACAUCGGUUGGUUUUGCGCUUACUGGUCCUCACAGGAUUGGGGCUUGGAACCGGAACAGUAAUUUCUUCAUAUCUACGCCUGAAAAAGAAGGUGGGGGAUGAUGAUGGCUACACAGAGGAGGACCUAAUAAGUGCAAUGCCAAGUGAUAUAUUGUGCUCCAUCCUCUCACGGCUGGAUACAAAAGAUGUGGUUAGGACUAGCAUAUUGAGUAGUAGAUGGAGUAACCUCUAUCUUUUUCUGCCUUAUUAUUCUUUUAGCUGCCGAUGCUCGUUCGAGAUUCCUUUCCGUGGCCAGUGUAGCUGUACAGCUGAGUACAGGAAGGAAUUUAUGACUGUCUUGGAUCGUUUUUUUCGAAUGCCGAGAGGAGCUGGCUGUGAAAAGAUUAAAUCUUUCUGCCUGUCAUUGUGUGUGAAUAGAGAUUUCACGUGUCACAUUGAGCGUUGGGUGCGCCAGAUUGCUGGAUUGGGUGUGGAAGAGCUUACGCUCAGGUUGUGUUGUCAACAACAUACAAAACAUAUCACAUUUCCACUCCAGAAGCUUUUAUGCGAAGCAGCAGCACCGAUGCUCAAAUCUCUGCAUUUGGCCGCAUGCAUCCUGGAACCCUUCAAUCCCCAACACCCUUUCAAAUCUCUAACAUCCUUAAGGCUGGGUUAUAUCGAAUCAGUUGAUGUGCAGGGCGUGUUGUCAUCAUGUCCGGAACUUGAGUCUCUAACAUUGGAGUAUUGCUGUCUUCCUUCUAAGCUGUUCAUUGGCGGAGGGAAACAACUGAAGUUGAAAUCAUUAAUCAUUUAUAGGUGCCAUGGGGGGGUCAAUGAGAUAUCUUUAUGUGCUGAAAACCUUGUAAUCUUGGAAGUUCAGUUAUGGAUAGAUUCAACAAUGAAGUUUCCUCACCCUACCAAUGCUCCCAAGCUCCAGCAUGUCAACAUCACGGUAAUGCGCUCCGAUGAUAUGUGUGACAUCAUUAGAUGGGUAGGAAAGGAUUGUCCUCAGGUUGAAUCUCUUUAUCUUGAUUUGCCGUUUGGAAACCACGCUUGUGCAUAUAGUUUGCCGCGCGAGGUGCCCACAUUUGGUCAUAUGAGGCAGCUUUACAUACUAAUGGAGUUCAAUGAGUUGUUUGAUGUGACUCAAGUUGCUGCUUUAAUCACGGGCUGUCCACUGCUUCAGAGAUUGCAUUUAGUGGGAAGGGGGAGAAAACCAUGCUAUCUUCGUAUUGGAGAGAGAGCAUCUCUCGGAAAUCAUCAUCUUCAUCUUCAUCUUAAAGAAGUAGAAUUUGGUGGGUUCCUUGGUUUGGAGAAUGAGGUUGCUUUGGUAUUGUAUAUCCUGAAAAAUGCUUUGGCUCUUGAGAGGAUGGUGUUAUGCAGGGAUUAUAGGUGGUAUACUGGUGCUAGUAAAGGAGGAAGAUGGGAGGAGAGAAAAGAUUACAAAGGGCCUACAUGGUUGAAAAAUCCACCAUAUACUGUAACAUUUGAUGAAAGCAAAUUACAAACAAUCCAUCAGCAACUGAGAGGGCAGGCUGCUUCUCCAACGGCACAAGUGAUCGUCAUUUAGGAUGUGGUCUUAAGUGCUCCAUCCAUUUUUCGCUUCUAAGUUCUAACUUGCUCAGUUUUUUUUGGGAAAAUCAUUGUUUUUUGGGAAAAUCAUUGUUUUUUGGGAAAACUGUCAAAUAGGUCCUCAAACUUUCAUAAAAAAGUCAAUUAAGUCCUUCUACAGGAGACACUGUCCGGGCGCCGCGAUUUGGGGCAGUUCCCGGUGGAAUUUUUUGAUGAAAAUUUUUGAGCAUCUUAUUCAUCAAGUCUAGUUUACUCAUACCAAAUUUCAGCUAAAAAUGUAAUCGAGAGCGCAUUCAAAUUAAUUCGAGAACGCAAAAAUGUGCAGUUAUCUUCAAGAAUUAAUUUGAAUGUGUUCCCGAUUGAAUUUUUAGCUGAAAUUUGGUAUGAGUAAACUAGACUUGGUGAAUAAGAUGCUCAAAAAAUUUCAUCAAAAAAUUUCACCGGGAACUUCCCCAAAUCGCGACGGCCGGACAGAACCUCCUAUAGAAGGACUUAAUUGACCUUUUUAUGAAAGUUCGAGGACCUAUUUAACAGUUUUCCCUUGUUUUUUUAUAAUGUCUGAUUCUCUCCUUUUGUUUGGCGGAAAGAGAGAUUUAUUAUACGUAGUUUAUAAAUAAAGGAGACUACAAAGCUAAAGAGAUAAUCACAAAUGAGAGAAAAGAUAAUGAAAAGGCAAAAAGAGUUUUAAAAUU